AUGCAUUUGCAUACCAUCCUGGCAGCGGGCUGGCUCGCAGCCAGCACCGCCUAUGCCGGGCUUUCCUCUCCUUCUCCGCAAGCAUGUGCAGGCAACACACCGCAAACCCGUGAUCAGUGGUGCGAUUUUGACAUCUACACCGACUACUAUACCGAAGCUCCGGACACCGGAGUAGUUCGCGAAUAUUGGUUGGAGCUGGGAAACACCACCGCCACUCCGGACGGUGUCCCUCGCGAUGUCCUGACCAUCAACGGGACCUCACCAGGACCUACUAUAUACGCCAAUUGGGGUGACUGGGUCCGAGUUCAUGUCUACAAUGGUCUGGAAAACAACGGAACCAGCAUCCAUUGGCACGGUGUCCGACAAAACCACACCAACCCUCAAGAUGGCACAAACUCGAUUACCCAAUGUCCCACGCCUCCUGGAGGAUCCGUAACUUACGAAUGGCGCGCUACGCAGUACGGCACAACCUACUACCACUCUCACUUUGCUCUGCAAGCAUGGGAUGGCAUCUACGGUGCAAUUGUGAUCAACGGACCUGCCAGUUCGAACUACGAUGUCGACGCUGGCGUGCUUUGGCUCAUGGACUGGUCACACCGCACGGCCGACCAGAUGUAUUCCACUGCUGAAACAGAUGGCGAGCCCAAGAUGACUACUGCUUUGAUCAAUGGAACGAACAUUUGGGUCAAGGAGAACAACGAAACUGUUGGCGAGCGCUUCCUCAUGAAUGUGACUGCUGGCCAGUCUUACCGCCUUCGACUUGUCAACGGUGGAAUGAGCAAUUUGUUCCGAUUCAUGAUCGACGAUCACACUUUGACCGUCAUCGCGGCUGAUUUCGUCCCCAUCGAGCCUUACAACACGACGUCACUUAACAUCGGUGUUGGACAACGGUACGAUGUAAUCGUCACGGCGAACCAAGCCCACGCCGGGUCCGACUUCUGGAUGCGCGCCAUUCCCCAGGAGGCCUGUGCCGAGAUUGAAAAUACCGACAUCAAAGGAAUCUUCCACUACGAGCAGCCUAAUACUGUUGUGGCGACUCCCACAACAACAGCAUACAACUACACCGACAGCUGCUAUGACGAGCCGUUGAGUAGCAUGGUGCCGGUGGUUGCUAUCGACGCGUCUGGCGUCGGCUUCAGAAGCCACAACGAGGCGAACGUCAUCAUGAACAGUGCAGGCUUGUACAAGUGGUACAUGGGCCCGACCACGUUCAAGGCAGAAUGGGACAACCCGACCCUGCUCCAGAUCGCUAACGGCAACACUUCAUGGACUAACACAUCCCACGUUGUUGAGGUCGAAGGCAACGGCAAGUGGGUGAUUGUCGACAUUGAAAUGACCAUUAAUGUUCCUCAUCCUAUUCACCUUCAUGGCCACGACUUCUUCAUCCUCGCCCAGGGCGAUGGAAGCUACACGUCGAACACAACUCUGAACACCUACAACCCACCCCGUCGCGACACGGCCAUGCUCCCCGCCCUCGGCUAUCUGGUAAUCGCAUUCAAGACUGAUAACCCUGGCGCGUGGCUGCUACAUUGCCAUAUUGGCUGGCACCAAUCGGAGGGUUUCGCCAUGCAAUUCGUGGAAAGCAUGUCCCAGCUCGAGCCGAUGAUUGAUACUUCCGCACUCGAGAAGAACUGUGAUGCCUGGGAUAAAUAUGCAGCUGCUAACAGCAUUGAGGAGGAUGAUUCUGGUAUUUAA